ACGAAAGCGUCAAAUGGUGGGGAACUGACGGAGCGAACGAGGGUCCCUCCCUUGCCCCUGUGCGGGACAUCUUGCACUCUGGGCAUAGUACGUCAAACGUUGAUAAACUGUUUAUCUACAGCAGGUAGCGCAACAAUCGUUGUAAUACAAAAAUUAAAAAACCACUCUAUAAAACGCAUACACCGUGAUUACAACUGUGAUCUGCAAAAAACAAAUAUACAUAUAUAUAUAUACAUAUUUGUAUUCUGUUUGAUAUCUUUGAUUCGAUCGUUGAAGAUAUUUAACAAAAAGUACUGUAAUUAUAUAAAAAAUGCCUGUUGAUGUGUAUGGAUAUGUUUAUGCUGCUACAGUAGCAGCUGGUGGUAUACUCGGUUAUGUAAAAGCACAUUCGAUUCCUUCUCUGAGUGCUGGGCUUCUCUUUGGAUCUGUUUUGGGCUAUGGAGCAUACCAAACCUCGCAAGAUCCCACUAACAUUAAACUCUCUGUGGCAACAAGCUUAGUUCUUGGUGGAAUAAUGGCUUAUCGUUAUCAAGCCACUGGUAAAUUGAUGCCAGCUGGAAUAAUAGCUGUGUGCAGUGCUUUAAUGGUGGUCAGAAAUAUUGUAAAAUAUUAUGGAACAUCUAUGAAAGUACAAUAA